CGGCCCGUUGUUAUGGAGCCAGGGGAAACAGGGGUAAACAGGGGCCGGGGAGCCGCGGGCCGCCCGCCCGCCUUGGCCGGGGCUCAGCGGGGAGCGGCUCGGCCGGCCCGAGCACCCCCGGGGGGGCGGUCCGGCAGCACAGACCGGCCCCAGGCGCUGCCCCGCGGGUCGCCGCCGCCCGAAGGUACGGCGGGGUCUCCCGCGGCGGCCCCGGCGCCCCCGCUCCCUCUCCCCGCAGCCCGGGGCGGAGGGGAGGGAGCUCCCGGGAUGAGCUCAUCGUGUUACUGCGGGGCUUGGGCCGGGUCCCGGUGCUGAUUUAUGCCGCUCAGCCUUCUCCAGGCAGGCUGGCUCCGCUCCGCUCGCUCCUCUCCCGCCUGCCCGGAGAGCACCGACGGGCCCGCGGGCUCCGCCUGCCCGGGGGGCUGGCACCUCGACCCGGGGUGCCCUGGCAAAGCAGCCCCGCACCGUCGCCGCGCCGUCGGCUGCCGGCGACCUGCGGGAAGACAACAGCUCUCCCGGGCUGGGAUGCUCCGGCGCUGCUGGGGCGGCUCUGGCUGGCGAGAAGGCGGCCCCAGACUGCCUGACCUCCCGGUGAACCGGUGCCUGCCACACUCAAUUUCUGUGAGCGGGAGCCGCGCCAGGGGCGGGUAGCGCCAGGGCGGCCGGUGGGUCGCCCGUAGCCCCGGGCCCGGUGCGCCGCGCCCUGCCCUGCCCCGCUCCUCUCCGCCGGCGGGGCUGCGGCCGGGCCGCCGCGGCCGAGCACCCGCCGGGGUCCCCGGGAUGCGCGCCCCGUGAUUGACGGCUCUUUGUUUCCUCCUCGCCGGCAGCGCCGGCCCCUCCCCGCUCGCGCCACCCCGCCCCGCCGCCGCUCUCCGCUCCGUACCGGCGGCAUGGGGGCACCGGCGGCCGCGGGGGGCCCGGUGCUCGGCGCGCUCCUGGCGCUGCUCCUGCUGGGCGCCGCCGCGGCGGCUCGCCCGGGGCUGCAAGUCAUCGACCUGCUGAUGGUGAGCGAGGCCCGGCAAAUGGCCAGCAUAACGCACAAGAUCCGGAUGGAGCUCCUGACAGUUAACGAUGUUUACCUCCUCUCCACCUUCCGCCUGCCCCCCAAGCAGGGGGGGACCCUCUUCGGCCUCUACUCCAAGAAGGACAACACGAGGUGGCUGGAGGUCUCCGUAGUGGGGAAAAUCAACAAAGUCCUGGUGCGCUACCUGCGGGAAGACAACAAGCUCCACUCAGUCAACCUGCAGCAUGCGCAUGUGGCGGACGGACAGAGCCACACCAUCAUCGUGCGCCUGAGUGGGCUGCGCGGGGACAUGCUGAGUGUGGAGCUUUACGUUGACUGCAAGCAGAUGGACUCCAGCGUGGGGCUGCCUGAGCUGUCGGAGAUCCCCCUGGCAGAGGUGGAGUCCAUCGAGGUGCGCACAGGGCAGAAGGCCUACCAGAGGAUGCAGGGGUUCGUGGAGUCGAUGAAGCUGAUCCUGGGAGGGUCCAUGAGCCGCGUCGGGGCCCUGAGCGAGUGCCCUUUCCAAGGAGACGAGUCCAUUCACAGCGCAGUGACAAGCGUGCUGGCCUCCAUCCUGGGCGAGCAGACCAAGGCGCUGGUCACGCAGCUGACCCUCUUCAACCGGCUUCUGACCGAGCUGCGGGAAGACAUUAGGGACCAGGUGAAGGAGAUGUCUCUGAUCCGCAACACCAUCAUGGAGUGCCAGGUCUGCGGCUUCCAUGAGCACCGGUCCCGCUGCAACCCCAACCCCUGCUUCAGCGGCGUGGACUGCAUGGAGACGUACGAGUACCCUGGGUACCGCUGCGGGCCCUGCCCACCGGGGCUAGAGGGCAAUGGCACGCACUGUGCCGACAUCGAUGAGUGCGCUCAUGCCAACCCCUGCUUCCCUGGCUCCAAGUGCAUCAACACGGCCCCUGGCUUCCGCUGCGAGCCCUGUCCCCGCGGCUAUCGGGGCAACACAAUCUCCGGCGUGGGGGUGGACUACGUGAGGGCCAGCAAGCAGGUUUGCACGGAUAUUGAUGAAUGCAACGAUGGGAACAACGGAGGCUGUGACCCCAACUCCAUCUGCACCAACACGCUGGGCUCCUACAAGUGUGGUCCCUGCAAGUCAGGGUUCGUUGGGAAUCAAACGUCCGGCUGUGUCCCACAGAAUUCCUGCAGCACUCCCACCUCCAAUCCUUGCGACAUCAACGGCUUCUGCAUGUUUGAGAGGAAUGGUGAAAUUUCCUGUGCAUGCAACGUGGGCUGGGCUGGCAACGGCAAUGUGUGUGGGCAAGACACGGACCUCGAUGGCUACCCAGACGAGCCCCUGCCGUGCAUCGACAAUAACAAGCACUGCAAGCAGGACAACUGCCGCCUGACACCGAAUUCGGGGCAGGAGGACGCCGACAAUGAUGGCAUCGGGGACCAGUGCGACGAUGAUGCCGACGGUGAUGGCAUCAGGAACGUGGAGGACAACUGCCGGCUCUUCCCCAACAAGGACCAGCAGAACUCGGACACUGACUCCUUCGGGGACGCCUGUGACAACUGCCCCAAUGUGCCCAAUAACGACCAGUGGGACACGGACAGCAACGGCGAGGGGGAUGCUUGUGAUAAUGACAUCGAUGGGGAUGGGAUUCCCAACAUGCUGGAUAACUGCCCCAAGGUGCCUAACCCCCUGCAGACAGACCGGGAUGAGGAUGGUGUUGGGGACGCCUGUGAUAGUUGCCCUGAAAUGAGCAACCCCACUCAGACAGAUAUGGACAGUGACCUGGUAGGAGACAUCUGUGACACCAAUGAGGACAGCGAUGGGGAUGGGCAUCAGGACACCAAAGACAACUGUGCCGAGAUCCCCAACAGCUCUCAGCUGGACUCAGACAACGACGGGCUGGGAGAUGACUGUGACAAUGACGAUGACAACGAUGGCAUCCCUGACUACACAGCACCUGGUCCAGACAACUGCCGCCUCAUCCCUAACCCCAACCAGAAGGACUCAGACGGGAACGGUGUGGGUGAUGUGUGCGAGGAGGACUUCGACAAUGACACGGUGGUGGACCAGCUGGACGUGUGCCCUGAGAGCGCCGAGGUGACACUGACCGACUUCCGCGCCUACCAGACCGUCAUCCUCGACCCUGAGGGGGACGCCCAGAUUGAUCCCAAUUGGGUUGUCCUCAACCAGGGCAUGGAGAUUGUGCAGACCAUGAACAGUGACCCGGGCUUGGCUGUUGGCUACACGGCCUUCAAUGGGGUGGACUUCGAGGGCACCUUCCACGUCAACACCAUCACCGACGAUGACUAUGCUGGCUUCAUCUUCAGCUACCAGGACAGCGCCAGCUUCUACGUGGUGAUGUGGAAGCAAACGGAGCAGACGUACUGGCAGGCCACCCCCUUCCGUGCUGUGGCCGAGCCAGGGCUGCAGCUCAAGGCAGUGAAGUCCUCAACGGGCCCAGGGGAGCACCUGCGCAAUGCGCUGUGGCACACGGGCCACACGCCUGACCACGUCCGCCUGCUCUGGAAGGACCCACGCAAUGUGGGCUGGCGGGACAAGACGUCAUACCGCUGGCAGCUGGCGCACAGGCCCCAGGUGGGCUACAUCAGGGUGCGGCUGUACGAGGGCCCGCGGCUGGUGGCCGACUCCGGGGUGAUCAUCGACACCACCAUGCGCGGGGGACGGCUGGGGGUCUUCUGCUUCUCCCAGGAGAACAUCAUCUGGUCCAACCUGCAGUACCGCUGCAAUGACACGAUCCCUGCCGACUUCGAGCCCUUCCGCCGGUUCCUGCUGGAGGGACGCGAGUGAGCGGCCGCGCCCGGCCCGGGCCCCCCGCCCCCCCCCCGCCCGGGGCUCUCCGAGCGCCGCCGCCCCUCCCGGCCGGGCCCCGCUCCCGGCCCACCCCCCCCUGCGGACUUUGCACUGCCGGUACCGGCGCGUGCGGCCGGCAGCGGGGCGAGCGGGGCCCCGCGGGUGGCGGGGCUGCCCCCCCUCCGCCCCCCUCUCCCGCCCUGCCCGCGGCGCUGCCUGCUGCUGCGGUCCCUGCCCGAAGUCUGGCCAUAAAGUUUUGAGUGUU